AUGGUUCAGGGCGACUCCUCAAAGGAAAGUUCUAAGGAUCUGGGUAAAGAGUUAAUGAGCCAGAGCCUCCGCCUUGCCGAGUACACUUUCUUUCUUCAAGUCCUUCUCCGUGUGAUUACCUUUGCCACAAAUGGUCUCGCCUACCGCUGUGUGGAUGCUAGCGUACUUGGGCUGGUCAACUUUAGACUUGGUCUCUACUACUCCACUCUGGUCUUCACUUCACGCGAAUCCUUUCGUCGAGCCUGCCUUAGUCGUGGUGGCGAAAUUCUCCUAACUUCUGGCUCCUUGCAUUCUGAUGCACGGUUGAAAUGGCAGGCCCUUCUUAACGUCAUGUGGUUAACUGUUCCUGUAGGUGUCCUACUGUCCUUUAUCCUCCUACCUCUUUGGCUCUACAUUUGGCCCUCCCCAUCAGUUGAUUCAUCGAGUUCGGCUACAGAGCAUCAGUAUACGAUCGCCUGCCUCUUCUACACACUCUCUGCUCUUCUGGAGCUGGCCACUGAACCCAUGUGGCUUGUCUGUCAACUAGAAAUGUGUCUGCGUGCUCGUAUCGUACUGGAAGCUAUUGCCAAUAUUGCAAGAGCUCUGGGUAUCAUUGUUGCGCUCUACUUAGGCGAUGGGGCCUCAUACGGUCUCUACCUUCUUGCCUUUCCGCAGCUUUUGCAUGGAUCGACACUAUUGCUGGGAUACCUGUUUUUCGCUUCGUGGUUGGUCAAUUUGGUUUCGUCGCAACGGAUUCAACUUUUUGGUCGUAUUUCUCCAACUGGUCUGCGUGAUCUUCUCCCGAACUUCAAUAAGGUUACUUUUGACUGGCCAUGCCUUUGGCUCUCGUGGAAUUUCUUCCGUCAAGGAGUUCUAAAGCAAUUCCUCACUGAAGGCAUUUACGAUUUGGUGAACAAUCUGGGCUCUUUAGCACCACGUCUCGUGUUCAGUUCCAUUGAGGAGAGCUGCCACCUCCUCUUCUCUCAGUGCAUUCAACGUGAUGUCGCACCUAAGCGUCAGAAUGAGGCCCUGGUGUUACAGGCAGUAAGGAUGCUGGAGACAAGUCUACGAGUGCUCACUCUAGUCGCUUGGUUGGGCUUCAUUUUCUCGCAGGCCUACUCACACCUCUUACUCUAUCUCUACGGUGGAAGUCGCCUUGUCUCCACCAAUCCAGAGGUUGUCACCCUACUCCGCAUUUUUGCUCUCUACCUCGUUUUCCUGGCCUGGAAUGGACCAACGGAGGCCUUUCUCAAUGCCGCCAUGACAACGACUGGCGUAAGCAGGCACAAUUUCCGCUUAACUGCCUUCUCCCUUGUCUUCUUGGGUGCCGCGUGGAUUUUGGUGCCUCUCUGUGGAGCAGCUGGUUUUAUUCUGGCCAAUUGCGUCAACAUCUUCAGUCGAGUUGUUUACAGUUGCCACUUCAUCAAUCAUUUCGUCCACCGUGUGGAGGAGAAUUGUGAUUUGACGGCCGAGUCGGUGAAACAAUUGCGGGCGUUCUCGCUGUUCCGACUGAUGUUUCCUUCAGGUCUUCAGAUGACUCUAUCACUCCUCGCCUUGGUCAUGACUCUCGUCUCUGAGUAUGUACUUUGCUCUUCGCUUACGCUGCCCCAUAUCAUGAUGCAUAUUGCAGUUGGAGCAAUCACCUUUUCCGGCCUAUUUUUUGUCAUUCUGUGGGAGGAAAAGUCUGUUUUUACCACCCUCGCUGGAACUGGAUUUGGCCGCAUUUUCGGUCGCCUUUAUCACUUCUUACCCUUUUAG